AACAAUCUCAAGUGGCUUGCAAUGCAAUGACAGUGCAUGAAUGGAUGGAGUUUGUUACAGUAAUCUGAUCUGAAACCCAACCAAGCAAGCCCCACUAUAUAUAACCUAAAAACCCAAAUCCCUUUAUACGUAGAACAAUAAUCAAAACCGUUCAAAAACUCGAAUGGAUUUCUUCAAGUCUGUUUUCUCCAAAGAUCCAGUGCCAGAGGCAGAACCCUCUGAUUCCUCAGCCUCAGCCUCAGCCUCCGACAACUCCAAUCCCAGCUCACUGUGGACUUCCGGUGGCGGCCUAUUCAAGUCGGUGAUGGAGAACUAUCGUAAAGAUUUUGAGGAGUUCCGAUCUGGAUUGAAGAAAGAGACCGCCGUGAUUCGGGAAGUAGCCUCUCGCGCCGUUAAGGAACUCCCCACUUCAUUGGAAAUCGGUGCCUCGGUUGCGCAAGAGUCUCUCGAGUCUGUCGGCCAGGCCAUCGACGACAUCGGGAUCACCGUUUGGAAAUCGACGGCUGAUAUCAUCUCUCAGGGUAGGCGCACUCUCUCAACAGAAACACCUGAUCAUUCGUAUUCUUAUGUUGAUUCUGAUAAUAAUAGUAAUAGUAGACGUUUGAGUGAUGUUAAAUUGUAUAGUCGUUUCGAUAAACAGUUGAUUGCUAUUGGGUGUAAUCGUGACACGUAUUGUAGGGAGCCGGAGGAUGUAAAGGAGUAUGAGAAUUGGAGACUAGGGUUUGAGUUGGAUGACGAGAGGACUAAAGAGAUUGAUAGUUUGGUUAAGGAGAAUGAGGCAAUCGGUGAGAUUUAUGGUGAUGUUGUGUUGAAUACUAAAGUUGUCGAUGAGGAAACGUUUUGGAGUAGGUACUUCUAUAGGGUGCAUAAGUUGAAACAAGCAGAGGAGGCGAGAGCAAGGAUGGUGAAAAGAGCUAUGGAAGAAGAAGAUGAGGAUUUUAGUUGGGAUUUUGAUGAUGAGGAUGAGGAGACAAAUGGGUCUUUGGUUAAAGGUGAAUCAACUGGUAAUUUGGAGAAGGAGAAGAGAGAGUCUGAUGAAAGUGUAAUGAAGAAGGAUGAUGUUGAGAAUUUGAAGAAUAAGAAUUCUGAAUUUGAAGAAAAGGAUAAUGAGAAAGCAGUAGUUGUGGAGGGGAAUGCUGAAAAUGGUGAAUCGUGCAAGGAUAGUGAUCUUUCAGUGGUAUCAACCCAACCAUCAAUGCCUGAAGUGGAGGACCUUGGGUGGGAUGAGAUUGAGGAUAUUGGGAGCUAUGAUGAGAAAAAAGGGGAUGCGGUUGGGAGUAUGAGUAGAGCUGUGCGGAAGCAGUUGAGUGCUGCAGAGGAAGAUGAGGAUUUGAGUUGGGAUAUUGAAGAUGAUGAAGAGCCCAUCAAAUCAUGAUAGAGUGAUGAUAUCAGUACAGAAGUGUUCUGAGUAAUAUUUUUACAACUAAUGUUUAGUCCCAGAAUAAUAAGUUAAAUGCUUUCUUAAACAAUUUAUUGAAUUGUUGUAAUUUAUUCAUGUAAAUGUUUUCAUGGUAUUUCUUUCUUAUAGAAACUUCAAUUAAUUGUUCAUGAUACUUUUUAGGAUUUUUAUGCAGAGUGAUUUACUUUGGUGUAA